CGCUGACACCGGGCAGACAGCUAGUGGCUCCCUGCACUGUGGGAUUAGGCGGUACAAACAGCCUGCUGCUGGUUUGGUACACACAAUUUUACAAUGUAAAGUGUUCUCAAAUGGUCGUGUAAGUGCGGUUAUUCGUUCAAACACGUUUGAAGACUGCAACCUUUGUGCUUGUGACCAACUGGUAUAUUACUCAUAGUUGUUCUACCCACAAGCUUGGCACUGAACAUUACACCUUCAUAAAUACUGUUUGCAUAUCACUGAGUUGAUAAAAGCCAGCUUGUAUUUGUACAGAGCUUUUAUUUACUUUUCAUAGCGUAAAGCUGCUUCUUCCUCUUCCUCUUCCUUACUCUUUCUGCUUCACCUCACGGAGGAGGAAAGAUCAUCUUACUGACAAAAAUUGGCUUCACAGAAGACGGUGAAUUCCAGCUUUAAAGGCUUACUAGAGAGCACCGCAGCACAAAUGGGCCUCCAGAACACCAAACACUCCAAAGCCAAGCAAGCUAAUAUGCUGAUGUUAGGACUCGAUUCCGCAGGAAAAUCUACGCUCUUGUACAAGUUGAAGUAUAACGAUGUCUUUCUAACAAUUCCAACAAUUGGCUUUAACGUGGAUAUGAUUGACACUGGGAAAGAUUUUACACUGACAUUUUGGGAUGUUGGAGGACAACAGAAAAUGAGACAGUUCUGGUGCAAUUUCCUGGAGAACGCAGACGGACUGCUCUAUGUUGUGGACAGCUCUGAUAAGCAGCGUCUGGAAGAAUCAAGGAAAGAAUUUGAACUCAUUUUAAGGAAUGACUCUCUAAGAAGCGUACCGGUUGUCGUGCUAGCGAACAAGCAGGAUUUGCCUGGAGCUUUGAACGCUGAGGAAAUAACCCGGAGAUUCCACAUAAAGAAGUCCUGCAGCGACAGGAAUUGGUAUGUACAACCCUGUUGUGCUCUCACAGGAGAGGGUUUGUCAGAAGCUCUCCAAAGACUAACCUCGUUUGUAAAACACUACAGCAGAUCAAAGGAGACUUCUACAAUCUUUAAGGAAAUCGAAACACUUUAAGAAUGUCUAUCCUCAAAUUCCAGCGAACUUUCACCUACCUAUUUUGUCGGACAGACUAAACCUGAAAAUACUGGAUUCUGGAGAACUCUUCAGAGUAUUUAUAAAGAAGUUUGACAAUAUUAAAUUAUAAUGUUAUUCAUGCAGAUGCUUCUGAGAGACUGCUCUGCAGCAUUUUAUUAGUGAUCGUAUGCUUGGGGUCACUGAGCUCAGAAGUGUGGCUGCUGAAUAAUGAAAAAGGUGGAGUUGAGCUUCUGAAUUUUAGCAAGUGGAAGCAAAAUAGUUGAGCAGUGCUUAAAACACUUAAGUUAUUUUGUCAAGAAGUAAAAGAGCCAAGUUGUUUGUUCAGCAAGAAGAGCAAGAGAUAAAAUGUUUCGUAAUAAAUGCUGCGUGGAUGUAUUUCUCAUGUAAAAAUAUAGUUGUUUUAGACCUUAAACUCUUAGUUACGCACAAGAGAACCUAUGAAUAUGAAAUACUCGAUGGAUAUUAUUGCAUUCUAGAACCAAUUGCUCCAUAGAGACUUUAACAAACAGAAUCUGCUCCUCAUCAAGCCACAAGACGAAGCUGAGAUCCAGUGCUGUGUGUAAGAUGUCGGUCUGAUGGCCCUUUGUUACAGAUUUCCAUGUACCACUUCCCUUGUUUCUGCGCUGUAGGAUUGCGAUUCUUAGCCGCGAGCAGAGCGAUGGAAGCCAGCAGGGGAUCAGUGCUUCACUGGACUGAUCCCCACUGGAUUUGGGGUGGGGGAUAAAGCAGGGAGGAAUGCAGGGAUUGGCUCCUUGGUCGUUGUUUUUAUAGAUCUUGAUGGAUGCUGUCCUGCCUGUACUGAAGCCACCUGAAAUUUUGUUACUGAUAAAUUUAGGUUUGAUUAAAUUUGACAUAAAGUGGCACAAUAUUGGUAAUCCUUUUGCUACAGUUUGUAGAAAAAAAUUCCAAGUGGAAUUUCUGUUCAGAUUUCCUGGCUGAUGAAUGAGUGAAUUAGUAUUCUGAAUGCCAUUAGAGCAACAAAGGAUUGAUAACUAGAAGACUAAUUCAACUGUAUCAACCAUGAAAAUAGUUUAAAAACUAAGGCUGAUAAGUUAAUAGGGCUGGCUCUUUUAAAAGCAAGAGAAAAGACACCAUCUAAUUAUUGGUUAUACAGUCCCAGAAAAUCCAGCCCAAUUAUUUCUGCCUUCUUGAGCAAUGUCUGCAGAGGUAGGAUGCCCCGGUGCUUAGCAUGCUUGCAUAGAUGGCUGGAUUUUUUUUUUUGCCCUGCGUCUACCACAAUCUUUGGCCAUGGGCAAGUCGUUUAACCGCUCUGUGUCUCAACAGUGCCUUGGCAAAAUGAACUUCCCAGUUACACGCUCUGAAAAAGUUGUGGCAAAGGUCAGCUUGUGAGCCCUGCUCCUGCGACAAAAUGAUUAUGCCAAGUAAUUCACAUAAGAAAUUUACAUUUAGUUCUUACUAAUAAGCAGGCAGGAAUUUCAAGUUAUAGAAGGGUGAAGCGGCAAGAAAAGCACCCAGACGUAUCCUGUUGUCUCAUGCAUAUAUUAUUCAAAAACAAAAAAAUCAUCAGGUGAAUUUGCUGAAAUGGUAAACAAAGAAAGGUUUCUCAACAGAAGCUGUUAUUAAUGCUGACAGUAAUUACCAUGGGCUCAAUCCUGAGUCAUGUUGAGACUACAUUUCUAAAAGAAGAGCAAGUAUUUGGAUUUAUUGCCUGGUCUGAUGAUUUAGGCUCAAUGUAAAACAUCAUCUUCUGUCCCAAAAAAGAUUUUUAAGAGUCUGCAACAAUGGGAACAAUAGUUUUCUAAACCCAACAGGUCAUUGUCAAAAAAUGUCAUAUUUCAGAUCAAUGAAUGUAAGUAUUUGCAUGUGUAUGUUACAUAUUGAAUUCUCCCACCAGUUUCAUCUAAUCACGUGUCUAUUAUAAAUCUGAAUCUAGUUCACUGGCCUCAGGACUUCCUCAGGGAGAAAUACUCCUUUAAUGGGAGUGCACCAGGGUCUCUAAUUAGACAAGAAGCAAGUUCUGAAGGGAGAAAUGUAGUAGUGUAAUAGACCAGCUCAUAUAGCUGAAAAAGAGAAUAAGUUUUCAGGCACACAGUGCCUUCUGCAGGUUAUCAACUUAGAUGAAACAAUACUCACAUUGACUUGAAGAAAAUCUGUUACAUUAUGCUUCAGAGGAAAUAAAUAAACCCUAUUCCAUUCACUUUACAGAGUAUCAAGUAUUUAAAAAUUGAUUUUUCUAAGAGUUGGUUUCUUAAAGAAGUGAAGCCGUCCCCAUUUUAUCUGCCCAUGGAGCCCCCUACCUUUCUGAAUAAUUUUUAAGCCUUAAAUAUCAGUCAGGUUGGAUAGAGAAGCAGGUUCUCAACGGAAUUAUAUGCCUGAAAGUUUAAUUAAAAAAAUCAGUCAGAUAGAGAAAAGUGACCAUACCGGUGCCCUCAGUGAAGCUGAUAAGGUACAAAAGGCUAAUCCCCGAGGAGAUAAAUGUUCCAUUUUAGCUGCAAGAGAGCCUACAAGAGGACAUAAAUCCACAGAGCCCAGGCUUAAUUAGCUCCUCUGCUCCUGGAGCUAGCUGGUCUUUUUCUUUACUGCCUGAGUAUAUAAUGUCCAUGGGGGCUUCUUUAGGGUGAGGAGAUAGGGGAUAUAGAAUCCACUGUUUAAAAUUUCCAUUCCAUACCUGGAGUAAAGAAUCUCCCUGACUGCUCACCACGUUUUGGGAAGGAUCCCUGAAAAAGUGUUAUUACAUGGGCAUGAAGAUGCAGAGGAAGGGGAGUUUCUGGCUCAGUUCUGCAAGACCGCAGAGCGGAGCACACGCUGCCCGCUUCGCAGCAGUGCGGCUGGUUUCCCCAGCCCGCCAGCAGACCGGGGUUCGUUCUGAAGGAUGGUCAGUCGUCAGAGGCAGGAGGGAGCAGGGCCCCCCGCACCCCACCACAGCAUCUCUGCCUUCUGCCCUGGCGCACAUACUCACCCCAGGGCGCUGUCUGGUCCCUAUGGAAGCCUGGGAAUUGCUCGAUAUUGACUCCCAUCGUGCAUUAGGUGGUGAAAUCAAUAGCAAGGGAGUUACAGAGGCGUUUUACAGCUUCAUCCUGUUAUGGAGAGUUUUAGAUCUUUUCUCUGCUUGGCUGAACAAGAUAAUGAGCAGAAUUGUCUUUAUGUUUCAGAGCACAACAAAGUGGAAUUGUGCUAAAAAUAAAAUCCAUAGUAUCGUAAGCAUAAUUUAUUCCUGUACAAGUUUUGUUUUAUUACUUAGAAACAAUUUUCAGAUUUUUGAAGGGUUCAGGGUGCUUUGAGAAGGUAAAAAAACCCAGCAUAUGAGGAGUGCUGGCAGUGGAACCAAAGUCAGUGAGUUGAAAAGUUUGCAUGGGAUGAAAGGCCUUAAAGAGUUUGGCCUCCCCCACCCCGCCGGCUGCUUAUAUUACUCCAGGUUUUGGAACUCUUUUCAUUAUCUUUCCUAAUAAAUCACACCCUGAUCA